GCUGUUUGUUUCCAGCCGGACAGUUUUCAGUGUGUCAUGAUGGCGGCUCUGAGGACGGCAUUAUGUGGACGGUUCCUGCAGCCUCUCCCCAUGUGUUUGGGGUCUCUGCGCUUUGCCAGCUCCUCUUUCAAGGCUGCAGAUUUAACCAUCGAGAAGAGGAAGACCCCGAACCCCAAGCCCGGCCUGUCCAAUCUGGGCUUUGGGAAGUUUUUCUCUGAUCACAUGUUGACUGUGAACUGGACAGAGAAAGGAGGAUGGGAAACUCCUCAAAUUAAACCUUUCCAAAACCUGUCGCUCCACCCGGCAUCCUCCGUUCUGCAUUACUCCAUUGAGCUGUUUGAGGGUAUGAAGGCGUUCCGGGGAGUGGACAAUCAGAUCCGUCUGUUUCGGCCCAUGCUGAAUAUGGAGCGUAUGUACCGCAGUGCAGACCGCUGCUGCCUGCCGUUGUUUGAUAAGCGCGAGCUGUUGGACUGUAUUAAGAAGCUGAUUGAUUUGGACCAGGAGUGGGUUCCGUACUCCACCGACGCCAGUCUUUACAUCAGACCCACCUUCAUCGGCAUUGAGCCUACAUUGGGCGUGUCCCGAGCAGGCCACGCCCUCCUGUUUGUCAUCGUGGGGCCGGUGGGGCCGUACUUCUCCACAGGAGCCUUCAAUCCCGUGUCCUUGCUGGCGGAUCCUCGCUUCGUGCGAGCCUGCAGAGGCGGAGUAGGAGCCUACAAGAUGGGCAGUAACUAUGGGCCUACUAUAGCCAUCCAGAGUGAGGCAGUGAAACAGGACUGUCAGCAGGUUCUGUGGCUGUACGGUGAGAAAGAGGAGAUCACUGAGGUCGGUACCAUGAACCUCUUCAUCUACUGGACCAAUGAGAAUGGAGAACGAGAGCUGGUCACUCCUCCACUAGAUGGCAUCAUUCUCCCCGGAGUCACCAGACAGUCUCUGCUGGACCUGGCCAGGGAGUGGGGUGAGUUUAAGGUGACAGAGCGGACUCUGUUGAUGAAGGAGCUGCUGGAGGCUCUGAGAGGAGGACGGGUGUUGGAGGUGUUUGGAGCAGGGACGGCGUGUGUGGUGUGUCCUGUCGGCAGUCUGCUCUAUAAAGGACAGCAAUAUGAAAUCCCAACCAUGAAGAAUGGUCCUGAGCUCGCCACCAGGUUCUACAAAGAACUCACUGACAUCCAGUACGGACGCAAAAGGAGCGACUGGGCUCCGGUUAUCGGCCCCUGAUCUGACGCCGAUGUCCUCCAGUCACCUCCCGGCACUCGGAGUCCUCCACACGGUUCACUUCCCAUGUUACACGCUGUAGCUUUGUUUCUUCUUGCGUUAGGUGUAGGGACUAAAAACAGUAUAAACUAUAAAGAAAAAGAAAACAUGACACGUCUAACAGAAUAGAAACGUGGUUUUAUUUUGAUAAUAAAUGAUAGUGAUAGUGUAGAGUGUGGUCUGUAGCAGCAGAGCAGCUGUGAGGUAAAACGUCUAAAGCACAAUUUAUGCAAAUAACUCUUACAGUAUAAAAAUAUCGUAAGGUGCAAUAAGGGUUAUAUCGUCUCUGUGGAACAGUUACUGAUUGUGUGUGUGUGUUUGUUUUUAAAAGGUGAGCCUUCGAUCCUUUAUGUAUAAAAUCACCUAAAUUACCGUAUUAAAAUAGGCGUAACAAGAUUAAGCAAAGGUUUAAAAUGUUUCAAAACACAGGUUAGGAUCUAUAUAUAUAUUUAUUUUUUGUACUUUAUUUGUUCCAAUCUCCUCCUCUAAAUGUAGUCGGUGUCUGUGUAAACGGAGGGUGUCAAUAAUUAUAUCUGGAGUGUACUUUAGAAAUAUUUUAACCAGCAGUACAAAUAUUGAUGUUCCAUAAGUGUAUAUCGGUGAAAUGUUGACCUAAAGGAAGAGGCGGAGUCAAAGGUUUUAAAUAUGAAACGUGUGUGUGUGAGAGAGAGAGCGAGCUGGCGGGACACCAGAUGAUAACUCCUGAUUUUAUUGUUACACAUCAUUUAUUCAGAGAUUCUGUAGAUAACUGCUGCGGAUAUUUAGAUCAUUUCGGUGAAUUGUUGCGAUAAAAGUUCACAAGCGAAAAACUGUUCAGCUUUAAAGUUUAUUUUUGGAUGUCAAAUAACCGAAUAAACACUCCAUGAAAACUCUGCACUAAGACAUCAUGAUAUUAGCUAUAAACAAUCCUUCAUUCUUAGUCAUCGCACUAGAUUACUGUACGUUACAACUCGAUUUUUUUUCUUUGCUUUUAUCCUGUCAAGAAACGAACUUCUGCCUUUUAUCUUUUUUUUUUUUUGUCUUUAUUUUCUUCCGAAGCCAUCUCAUCAUCUUUCUUCCUCCCAAGUGCCUGAUGACACUAGACCUGUUUUCUUCACUUUGCAUGUGGUUCUGCAUUUGGACUGUCAGGACUUUGGCCACGUGCUUUUGUCGUGUCUGCCCCGCCCUUGUCUCGUCGUCCCCGCCUCUGCACACCUGUUCCUCAUGUCGAGCCACGUUGCCUUGAGCAGCGCGGAAUCCUCUGUCGUCGUCUAAUGUCGUCUCUUGUCGCGUCCUGUUUUGUGUUUUUUUUUAUUUAAUAAAUCCUGUUUUCUUUUGUGCUAUCCUGCAUUUGGGUCUGUCUUAUCCCCACGUCCCUGACAUGGACUUUUAUUUUAACGUGUUGUAAGUGUGCUGUGAGCGAUUCGGGAUGGUCGGCUGUUACACAUCAUCUCGCUGUUAUUGUGUUUUUACAAUAAAAGUUUAUAAAAGCA